AUGUUUCCAACAACCGACCAACUCACAAAUCACAUACUUGGCAACCAUGCUGGUGAUUUCUGGAUCUGCACCUUCUGUCCAGCAACUGCGAACAAGGAUGAGCACAUGGGACCGCCGCUGGCUUUCAAAUCCAACAAGGCAUGGGUCGACCACGUCAGCACUGAGCAUGGAGCUCGAGCGAAGCAGACGGCAGAUCACCAGACGGCAGAUCGAUUCCGGCGCAGACUUAUUCCUCCCAUAUCCUGUCCUCUAUGCGAGUAUCACUGCCACAAGCCUGACAGCAAGCUUGACGCACACAUAGCCCAGCAUCUCCAUUCUUUUGCGCUGCUCUCGCUGCCAUCGGAAUCGUGGACAAACCAGAAUGGAUACAAGGAGAGUAUGGGAAUUAGCGACUACAGAGCCAUCUUGAAUUUUCGCUCUUUUUCCGAGAGAAUGAUGAAGCAUACAUCACCACCCGCUGACAUGCCCAAGCCCACCAACACCCCGUGGAUCCCCAGCGCUCGCAGUUGGAGUUCGUCUUCUGAAUGGCCCGAGACUUUCCACUACUCAGGACGCCCAUCUUCCGAGGCCAUCAAACGGUGGUUUAAUGAAACCUCGCGAGACGCUCCCUUCAACAUAUUGGGGCCCAAAAGAGAUAACAGCAGAGAUGGCCUUUAUCACCCUCUCUAG